AUGACUUUCCACUUCAGCCAUCCGUACAAGAAGCGUACCGUGAUCCACCGCCGUGCCGCCCGCCGCCCCAGCAUCUUCUUCGGCCGCACCAAAGACGUCGAUGACGAGAGCGAUGGCAGCAGAUCCGGAUCCACUCCGGCCGCCGCAAGCCCUCAAGACCGCCAGGAGACGCCGCUCAGUCCGCUCUCUCAAGUAUCGUCAGCCCUCACCACUUCUUCGCCGGGAAAGUCAACUAGCUUUUCUCCUCCCGAGUCCGCUUCUACAGCACCCACCUCGACCGACGCAUGCUCGAGCAGUUUCGGCUCUCGGUUCGGCUUGCCCAAGAGCAUCCGCUCCAACUCGCCUACCCCCAGCUCGUCAGCCCGCGUCAAGGAAGUCGAAAAGGCCAAGGGUAGCGACGAGACGACCCUCACGGAGCUUCAUGGCUCGUCCAAUUCCCGUUUUCCUUUUGAAUACCGCGAGGACCAUCCCAUCAGGCCGUCCGUAUCCACCAUCGAGUCCGCCGCCGCCGCCAAGGUGUAUUUCGAGACGCACUUCAACACCCUGUUGUCGUCCGAUCCCAGUCCGCGGCAGGAGCGCCGUCGGCUCGUCGAAUCGCAGCUUGCCGUACUUCCUCUAUCCAGAGAAGAGAAGGCAGAGAGGCUGAAGCAGUGGCGUCUGCAAGAGAGUAACCACUUGCGACAAAGCCGCGUUUUGAAGUCCAAAUCACUGGUCAGACGCAAGUCCAAAGGCGUCUCGGUCGCCGGCUACGAGGUCGUUCGCGUGCUUGGCAAAGGCAGUUUUGGCGUGGUGCGCCUCGUACGAGAGAAGCGGCGACCGCAGCCCAAAUUCCCCUCGACUGAGCAGACCGAGUCCGACAUUGAGCGUCUCGACGGCAGCGAUGACGAGCGUGGCCGCUUUGACCCUUCGAGGAUUAGCAGGCAGGUCUACGCCAUGAAGGUCAUCCGCAAGUCCGAAAUGCUGCGGAACUGCCAGGAGGGCCAUCUGCGCGCAGAGCGGGAUUUCCUCGUUGCCUCGGAGAAUUCCCGCUGGGUCGUUCCUCUGAUUGCGAGCUUCCAGGAUAACACGAACCUGUAUCUCGUCAUGGAGUACAUGGUCGGCGGCGACUUUCUCGGCCUUCUCAUGAGAGAAGAUGUCCUGGAUGAAGCGACUGCACGCUGGUACAUUGCCGAGAUGAUCCUGUGCGUUGAGGAAGCCCACAGGAUGAAGUGGAUCCACCGCGACAUCAAGCCCGACAACUUUCUCAUCACUUCGUCCGGACACCUUAGAAUUUCGGAUUUCGGAUUGGCCUUUGACGGCCAUUGGGCCCACAAUCAGACCUACUUCAACGAAAAACGUUACAAUCUCCUCAAGAAGUUCGGCAUCGACGUCCGCGGCGACGACCAAGACGUCGUAGAAGACAGUUCUCCUGAGCCUAAGACCCCUGGAUUCAGCAACAUGUUCGGCCGUUCCCAACGGAGACCCUCCAUGUUCUCCGUCAAGGACCAGCCUGCCAAGGAGCCUCCGGGCAAGGAGGAUAACCCGGUUCUGUGGAUGAACCGCCACCAGAAACGUCGACUCGCCAAAAGCAUCGUCGGUACGAGUCAGUACAUGGCGCCCGAGGUGAUCAGAGGCGAAGAAUACGACGGUCGUUGCGAUUGGUGGAGCCUCGGGAUAAUUUUGUACGAGUGCCUGUACGGACAGACGCCCUUUUACUGUCCGGACCGUAAGGAUACGAAGCAAAAGAUUGUCUACCACCAUCACCACCUCGGCUUCCCGCAAGACCAACGCUGGGGUGGGCCCUCUGCCGAACGCGUUCCUCUUGCCCCCGUGUCCUACACCGCCGUAAAUCUUAUGAAGUGCCUCCUCACCGACAAGGAGAUCCGCCUGUCGUCGCCCCAUUACCGCGAGAACGACGUUCGCCACGACUGCUUGCCACGCUACCAUCAUCACCGCAGCUUCAGCAUGCGCUCUUCGGGCCUCCAGCAUGCGUCGACUACGCCCAUGACCGCUGCUUUCGGUGCCGCCCAGAGGCACGUUUCUGCCAACGUCAGUGUGCCAGCGCAGCCGAGUCACCAGAGGUACUUUGUCUUCGCAGACGACGCUCGUGAAAUCAAGGAGCACGUUUUCUUCCACGGCAUCCAGUGGGACCGUCUUCACGCAAUGCGUCCACCGUUCGUCCCGCACAUCCGCGUCGGCCAAGAUCUGACGAAGUACUUCGAUGACGAAACGCAAAUACUCAGCUCCGGCGAUGAUGCAGCCGAUCCGGAUGCUGAUUCGACGCUGAGCGUUGAGGGCGAGAACGUACCUCGCGAUAGUGGCGCCGGUCAAGACAAAAAUGAGGCGAAUGACCUCGAGGAUCCCAGCCCUGCGGAGACUGGAAGCGAAAAGGACAAAGGCAAAGGAGGCCGAGGGAGGUUAUGA